CUCACUGACACUGGCGUUUCCUAUCAACUUCGCUGGAUGAGGUUGUCAAAUGGAGUGAUUUCAAAUGGAGAAAAAAGAAGGAAGUAUAUAUCAGACCUCUGCACAAGUUUGGUCCUAACGCAGUAAGCUAGAUUCCCUAUAGAUGGCGGAAGAGGAGAACAUAGCCAGGCCUAAUAAUAAUAAACCUGCAAAUCUGGAUAUGGAGUGUGUGAUAGAGCAGUAAUGAGUCAACCCAGUACUCCGGCAAAGUGGAACUCAAGGAUUCUAGACUGUUGCAUUGACAGGAGAGUCUGUUUGUGUGGUACCUUCUGUUCAAUGUGCCUAGCCUGUCAGAUGGCUGAGAGGUAUGGUGAAUGCUUCUGUCUCCCCCUGCUGCCAACAACUAUGCUGAUGAUGCGCACAUCAAUGAGAGAGAGAUACAACAUCCCGGGCAGCUUAAUUGAUGACUGGGCAGUGCACAUGUUCUGUGGACCCUGUGCUCUAUGUCAGAUGGCAAGAGAGAUGAAACACCAGCUGGGUUGAGAUUGAAAGGCAAUCAAUCCAUUUCAGUUUUGGGGGUCUGUGCAUACCUAAUAAAAGAAGAAGAAAAACACUGAUGGCUUUAUAUUACAUACAGUAUCUGAUGAAUUCCAAUUGAAUAAGUCAUGCAUGGAAUUUAGAAAAAGGCUGAAUAAACCUGCAUGUACGAUUAUACAACUUUUGUAUAUUGUGCACAACCAUAAUAAAUGUUUAUGUUU